AUGAUCACUGGACUGGCUGCUUUGGUUCUACUUCGUACAGUGUACCUGAUUCAGACUGCAGAGGUUUCUCACCAGAUGUCUUUGACUGAGGUUGAAGUUGGUGGAAAUGUUACUCUUCAAUGUCCAGUUUCUGCGACAGAUGGCAAUUUUUUUUACUGGUACAAGCAGUCUCUUGGACAUACGGUUCAAACAGUUGCUUCUGUAAUUGUUGGCAAAUUAACAGUUGGUGAACAAGUUUCACGGUUCACAUUAACACAAGAGGAUUCUCAGUAUUUUCUUACCAUCAGAAAUGUCAACAAAAUGGACGAAGCAGCAUACUUCUGUCAGAUUGGCACAGCGUAUUUACAGAGUUUGGUCAGUGUCACCUUCUUGGCUGUGAACGAUUGUAAUCAGCAGAAAUCUUUCCAUGUGAAACAAAGUCCAGAGACUGAGUGGGUCCAGCAGGGCGACCCAGUGACUCUCCAGUGUUCACUUCUCUCCAAGAACAAAGAAAACACAGAUCAGUGUCCAGCUGAACACAGUGUGUACUGGUUCAGAUCUGGAUCGGGAGGAUCUCAUCCAGACGUCCUUUACACUCACAGUGAUGAACAAGAGGAAAGAAGUUGUGUCCACAGUCUGUCCAAAACUAUACAGGACUCCUCUGAUACUGGGACUUACUACUGCGCUGUGGUCACAUGUGGACAGAUCCUGUUUGGUGAAGGAACUCAAGUGGACACAAGAUCUGAACUGGAGUCAGCUGUCCUUGUUCUUGGAGUCCUGUUGGCCUGCUGUCUGACUGUGAUUGUCAUCCUGAUUUUCUACAGAAAUCAAAGGAAAAUGUGUGAAAAUUGCAAAGACCUGAUUCAGACUGCAGAGGUUUCUCACCAGAUGUCUUUGACUGAGGUUGAAGUUGCAACAAAAGAGGAUGCUCAGUAUUUUCUUACCAUCAGAAAUAUCAGCAAAGAGGACGAAGCAACAUACUUCUGUCAGAACACGGCUGUGUAUUCAGAGAGUUUGGUCAGUGUCACCUUCUUGGCUGUGAACGAUUGUAAUCAGCUGAAAUCUUUCCAAGUGAAACAAAGUCCAGAGACUGAGUGGGUCCAGCAGGGCGACCCAGUGACUCUCCAGUGUUCACUUCUCUCCAAGAACAAAGAAAACACAGAUCAGUGUCCAACUGAACACAGUGUGUACUGGUUCAGAUCUGGAUCAGGAGGAUCUCAUCCAGACGUCCUUUACACUCACAGUGAUUAA